CCAAGAGCGUCCAGAUUCAUCGACGUGACAUUGAUGACAGUGUGAUUAGCGCCGGUUCCUCCGCGGAGCAGGCUCUUCACCUCCCUCGAUGAUCUGUUUCAUGUUGAAUCCAACCGUUCCUUGUCUUUUGCCACCACCUCCCGCGCUCCCCACGACGGACACGGGCUGCGGACAUCCCACACGCCCCCUGCAGACAGCGGACGCGUCCCCGAACCGCGAAGAGCCCCGCGCGCGGCCGGAUGCGUAAUCUGCAGCCCGCAUCACCCAGCAUCAGACUCUCCUGAUCUCUCUGCGCCAUAUCCGCGCGUGCGUGCUUACUCUCGACCUUGAGGACACGACGGAGAGCUAUCUGGCGACAUGGCGUUCGUCCCCCCGCGCGAUGACCCCUUCAUCGAGUUCAUGCGACCCCCGCCGAACGAGACGCCGGCGCAGAUGACUGUGAGGCUCCAGCGCGAACGGGAGGCGCAGCGGAUCCACGAUAGCAUCGAGGAGGACAUCCGCAAUCACCGUGCGCGGAUGAAGAGGGAAAGUAAGGUGGUCAAGGUGCUUCUGCUCGGGCAGGCGGAAAGUGGUAAAUCGACUACGCUGAAAAACUUUCUCAUGAAAUGGGCACCCGAAACUUGGGCGCGCGAGCGCGACGGCUGGCGUCUAAUCAUCCACUUCAACAUCAUUCGCGCUAUAGUCGCUAUCCUCCGCGUUGUCGAAGCGGAACUCGGCGGAGACGGUGACGCCGAGGACGACAGACCCGAGUCCCCUGCCAGCAUUCCUGGCUCUCCUCUCAGCCCUGCUUCUACCCAGACCUCCACACCCACCUCAUCCGCCUCCCGCACCCCCCUUGCCUUUACCGACCGCCAUCAGCUCCUCCUCAUCCGCCUCGCCCCCCUUCGCGGCCUGCAAGCCGACCUCAUGCGCCGCCUGGGGCACAACCCGGAAGCGGUAUCCAGCACGAUGGUCGCGUCCCCCUUCGACACGCACGCGAUGCCGACGCGCACGCGGCUCGUACCCGAGUUUAGCGUGCGGAAUCUCGACGACGUGCUCUCGCCGCAGUGGACGACCGCCGCGCGUGCCGAGAUUGAUUCCGUCGCGGAUACUCUCGCGGGCUGUCGGGAGGACAUGAAGGCGCUUUGGGCAGAUCCGGUCGUGCAGCAGGCGGUCAAGCGGAGGAGAACGAGGCUACCGGAAUGGCAUCGCUACUUUUUGGACUCAUUAGACCGAAUAGCAACGCGAGCGUACAGCGUCACCGACGAUGACAUCCUGCGCGCAAGGUUACGGACGACAGGAGUGCGUGAACAUAGGAUCGUCUUCAACAAAGGGCCCUGGGAGAUUUCUUCAAAGGCAGCGGCGCAAGCGCUAGCCGGUCAAAUUGGCUGGGAGUGGUGUAUUUACGAUGUGGGCGGGUGUCGCACGCAACGCGCGGCGUGGCUGCCAUUCUUCGAGAACACGAAUGUGAUCAUAUUUUUGACGCCAAUGAACGUAUUCGACGAACGACUGCAGGAGGACCCGCGCGUCAAUCGCCUGGAAGACAGCUUCUUGCUGUGGCAAAGUAUCUGCAGUACGAAGCUGCUUGCGAGGACGCAGUUAAUCAUGUUUCUAAAUAAGACGGACCUUCUCAAACGCAAACUCAAGCAAGGUGUUCAGGUGAAGAAAUACCUCCCGAGCUACGGCAACAGGCCAAACGAAGUAGGACACGUCAGCAAAUAUUUCAAGGACAAGUUCAAGGAGAUCCUGCAUCAGCAAUCGCCCAUACCUCGCACGCACUAUAUAUACUUUACGACGGUGACAGACACUACGUCAACGGCAAAAACACUGGAGUCGAUUCGCGACGGUGUGCUGCGCGAGAAUCUCAAGCAGUCGCAAUUGAUAUGAACGCCUCUCUCAUGACUGCAACCCAUCACCGGCACCCACAGCACCAAUCGAGGCUUUGGGUUGACCGAUGUUCACAAAUUGCAUGUCCCGGUUUUGCAGCUCUGCGGGUAAAUUAUUCCCUCGUCACGCAUCCCGUUACGAAUGCCUCUUUGUCUCCCCCCUCCGUCUCCUGUUUUGCCCCGGAUACCUCUUUAUCUCUAUCUGCUACUGGGUGUAUUACCUUGUCUCCCUUGUAUAUAUCUAUACCUGCUGAUGUAGUACCCUGUGGAUAACCUGUAUUUUGUACAUAGCCAUUCCUCGAUCGCCUUCUUAUCCGGCCCUCUGAACGCACUUGGUCUUCACGCGUUCGACGUUGCGUGGUCGAC